AUGGGCGAGUCUGAAAACAACAGAUCGGCGAAUGGCGCGAACUCCAGCGUUCUUUUGGAUGUGAAACGCGUUUUGGGCGGGAGCGAGACUGAGGACAGCGAACAACACACGCAACAGACGCAACAGGAAGAUAAACAGGUGGAAUCCGUCAAUCUGGUUCGCACGGAAAUUUUCGAGCAGGACAACCCGUUCUCCGGUCAACAAACGCGGGGACGCGGAGCCAACGGGCAGAGUUUUAGGGAUCACCGGACAUUGCAGAACCCAAACAAGACGUUCCAAGAGGACGAGGACCACGAAGACUGCGAACCCCUGGCAAUGGGUGGCCACGGUACCCGCAGCAGCAGCUCCGGGAGCAUCGAGGUGAGCCCAGCAGCGUCGCACGACGAGGAACAAAAAGUGCGGCGUGCAGGGGACGAAGUGUACAUUUUGGAAGCUUCCAAAGCCGCAGAGGGCCAAGGCCGCACCUACAUCGCUUACACAAUCAAGCACGGCGACGCCAUGGUCCGUCGACGUUACAGCGACUUCGAAAGCUUGCGUAAGAUCCUGAUUAAACUGUUCCCGAUGACUUUGAUUCCGCCGAUUCCGGAAAAACAGUCUAUAACUAGCUUCGGAAGGGCCAUGGCCGGCUCCAAGUCCAGCUAUCUGCUGCCCUCGGAGACUGCAGGGUCAGUGGACCUGUCCCUCUCGGUCAUCAACGGGGCAGUGAACACAAACGACGAAAAGCUCAUUAGGCACCGGAUAAGAAUGCUCACGAGUUUCCUCAACCGUCUGUUGCGAAACGAGGAGAUAACCAAGACGUCCAUUGUGUCGGACUUUUUGGAUCCCAAUAACUCGAACUGGAAUGACGUCAUCACUAGUUCAGCAACAAUUUCAUCUCUUCCGAAAAGCGUUCUUCUAUGCAACCCGUUGGACCCGACCAACACCACGCGAGCACAUGCAUUUUUACCUAUCCCGUCAUCCUCCACUCAGUUACGUUUGAGUAAGGAGAUGGUGGCAACUUCAACUCACGAUGAAACUGAAGAUGGGUUCACCAAGAUAGAACAGGAGUACCGCAGGUAUGAGCAUAUUAUGGAAAAUGGGUUUUACAAAUACAACAAGAAAAUCACAAAGAGCCUUCACGCGAUGCGUCAAGACAUGAAGGAAUUGAGCGAGGCCUUUGCCGCAUUUUCAAACGACCAGAAGCGCGGCGCCGAAUUGGCAGAGCAAUUGUCGCAUUUAAGCAAUGUUUUUGACGAAUCUUCUCUAGAGCUGGAAUCCAUUGUUGGUAAACUCUAUUACAACAUCAAUGAACCUCUUAGCGAGGCUGUGCACAUGGCUGGGGCUGCUCAAGAGUUGCUAAGGUAUCGCAAGCUCAAGUGCGUGCAAAGAAGCAUUCUUAGCAGGACACUGCUGUACCGGAAGGCACAGCUGAAGAAGCUGCAGGAAAAGGAAUCCGAAGCAAAGAAAAUUGACGCUAUCGUCGACCAGCAAAUGGCAGAGAGCGGCCACGUCAAUCUCAAACAUCCAGAGGCGCGAUCCUAUAGUGGCAAGUUCAUGAACAAAAUCAACAAGCUUGCAACAAUGGUGAAGGACACAGUGAACUAUCAAGAGAGCGAUCCCUCGGUAGCUAUAGAGAAUUUGGAAAAGGACAUAUCACAACUUUCUGAAUCACUGGAGGUAAGCGAACGGGAUUUGAAGACCAUUUCCGCUACGAUCAAAGAUGUUGAGCUUCCCAAAUUUUGCACCAGCCGAAACGAGGAAGUCUCAGAGAUUCUCAAAAACUACUCUCGUUACUGGAAGGCACACGCCGAAAGGACUCUAAAAAUUUGGAAAGACGUCAAGGAAGAGCAAGGAAGCUCUUUGUAA